AUCUGUCAGUCUCGGCUCAUCUGUGUCCAUUUGAUAUGCUUGUUUUUUUUUAAUUUGCAUUGAUUAGUUUCGUUUUGCUAUCUCUGCGUCAAUUAUCCGGAUUGCUCGCUGCCCAACAUUUCAAGUGCAUGCGGAAUUAUUGGAAUCUCGGAGGCAAGCAGGAAAAUCCCAUUGGAGAGAAAGAGAAGCAGCGAGAUCUGUCCAGCAUCACCAUGUUCUUCUGAAGAAGCGAGGAAAAGCUCAUUCCCAAACCAUCAUCCAUCCACCAUCACAUCCCCGUCCUAAUUCGUGAGGGAAAAAAACAGAAUGAAGUGGGAGUGAAAAGGGAAUGGGAAAGACAGGUCCAGUCUGAAAGCCGCGGAAAAAAAACAUUAAGCAACACGAAAUACUGGAAAAGUAAACUCUUGCAAGGAAAAAAUUGCAACAAAGCGGCUGUGGGAAUUGAAAUCGCGGCGGAGUUUUCCCUACUUUUCCCUUUUGUGUGGAAUUCGCUUCUUUAAAAUCCACACAGACUGCACCUUUGUUUAAUCUGUCCUCCCGCGUGCGUGUGUGUUUUAGCUGAUAUCCAUGCAGGCUCCCAAAACACGCAGUUCCUGAUCACACUGACGGACUCACCUGAAGCGCACACGUCCAGAGAUCUCCAGCCUCUGGGAGAGUAUCCCACACAGCUCUGAUGGGAGUAAACAGACGGGAUUCGGGAUUUCAAAUGGCGAGUCGGGGCUGUGAAAGUGGAUUGGGAAUGCUCCUGAUAUUCUUAGUGGAUUUACUCGGGAUCACGGCGACCAACAUGGAGCCCAUCUACUGGAAUUCCUUGAACAAAAGGUUUAGCGAUGACAAGGGUUAUGUCCUGUACCCUCAAAUCGGGGAUCGUCUGGACCUCAUUUGCCCAGCGUCUGAGCCGCCCGGUCCCCGCGCCCCAGCCGAAUACGAGUUCUAUAAACUGUACCUGGUGUCGUCGCGGGAUCAGGCAGACAGGUGUGAAGUGACCGGAGCCCCCAACCUGCUUCUCACCUGCGAUAAACCCAACAGUGAUAUGCGUUUCACCAUCAAGUUUCAGGAGUACUCGCCCAACCUGUGGGGUCACGAAUUUAAAACCAAUCAGGACUACUUCAUCAUCGCUACAUCAGAUGGGACGCGUCAGGGGCUGGAGAGCAUGAGAGGAGGAGUUUGCGCUACACAGGGCAUGAAGGUGGUGCUGAAAGUGGGACAGAGUCCAUAUGGUCUGCCGGCCAAAUCUCCCAAACCUGACCCUGCGGACCGUAUCAACAGCCCGAAUCCAGGUGCUGGAAACAACACACAUCCCAGAAUUCCCCCUAGAGGUCCUGGUGGAGAAAACGGCCCCCUCCCCCCCUCCAACAUCGCCGUUAUCGCAGGUGCAGCCGGCGGUUCGGCUUUCCUACUGCUCGUUACAGCCGUGAUCUGCGUGGUGUGCUACCGACGACGACACGCCAAGCACUCAGAAUCGCACCACCCUCCGCUCUCCCUCUCCUCCCUGACCUCACCCAAACGGGGCUGCGGCGGGGGCGUAGGAAGCGGCAACAACAACGGCUCGGAGCCUAGCGACAUCAUCAUCCCGCUGCGGACUUCUGACUCCGCCUACUGCCCGCACUACGAGAAAGUGAGCGGGGAUUACGGCCAUCCUGUCUACAUCGUACAGGAGAUGCCCCCUCAGAGUCCCGCCAACAUCUACUAUAAAGUAUGAGAACCAGAGACGACCUUACGACAACAUCUGCUAAGACCACACCCACCUUAAACCCCGCCCCAAGCCCCGCUCCCACAAUCUGCAUCCCUGUAGAUCAGAUCCUUUUACCUUCACACGCAUCCUCCGACACGCUGACCGCUCGAGGUCGAGUGUGUCUGUGUGUGUGUGUGUGUGUUACCAUUCCUCGCAACUCACCCAACUUCGGCCUUUUGUUAGAGAGAGGUUGUCCUGAUGUGAGGGCCUCCCUCUCUUUGACGUCCCAAAUGGGGAAAAGUUCUUAAAGCUAGAGAAGACCUCCUGGAGUGAUUCAGCCAACUGAAAAAAACAUGAACUCCUUUUUGGAGGGCCAUUCUGGAGCACAAGCAUCAAAACUUUUUCUGAUGUACUUGCAAAUAAGACUAUAAACACACAAAAAAGAAAUGAAAACUCAACUUACUACAAAGACAACAUGUGAACUUUGACUUUGAAUGCUACAUUUACUCACAAAUAGCAGUCUAGUUUGUGUUAAACUCCUUCGAAAGGAGGAGGGGCCAUCGAUUCAGCCAAUCGUCACACAGGGCUGCAGUCACGUGAUCUAGGACCCAUGUGUUUGAUUGGUGGAGUUGUAGUGGCGUGGAGAAUCUUGUAUAUUUUAAUAACGUGUGUAUUUUGUGAGUGUGUAGGAUAAAUAUUCGGACACUGCUGUUGCACGUUGCGACCGGCGUGCUUCAGUACAACUCGCGAGUGUUUUUGCGUGCGGAUGAGUGUGUGUUUGAGUACAGUGUUAGCGUGAGCAUGGGAGCGUGUGUUUGUUAGACUAUUUCAAAACCAAAAUACAAAAAUAUGAACGAACAUCAAAAAAGUUUUUUUUUUAUCGCUUUCAAUACAUAGAUUAUAAUUAUAUAUGAAUACUCAGUAAAAUAAUUUUUAGAUUUUUUUUUUCAUGUAAAGUUAGCUAGCUAGGCCUAAUUUUUGUUUUCCUAUUUUUUAUGACAUGCUGACCUUGUUUCUUACCCUUUUUGAGUUGUAAAUUAAUUUAAUGCCUUCAUUCCGUUGCAGAAACCGGGUUUGUUUGGUUCCCCCUCAUUUUGCUCUUUCCCUGGAGUCUCCUCCGCUCUACACAUAUAUUUUUAUAGCUCCUUGUACUCUGAUGUAGUUUUGAAGCUAGACCUCGUUUGUGAAUGUGUUGAGGUAGAACAAUCCGAGAAAGUUUUUUUAUUAUUAUUUUUAAAGACGCUUGGAAAAAAAAGGGGAAAAAAUCCAGAACGGAGGGAAGAAUUGGAUGGGGGUGAAAUAAAAAGAAAAGAAUGCGAACACCGCCUGUUGGGAAAGCUAACGCAUCGCGAGGAAACUUCUAGAAAGACUGUGAAACUAUGGAAGAAUCACACAUUAAAAGAAAAAAAUAUGGGGAGGGGGAGGUGGGAGGAGAGAAGGAAAGUUGAAAGAUGACUGAAGGAGAAGAGAGAGAGAGGGAUGGAAAGGUUUUUAAUAAACUCGUCUGAAGCAGUGGAAGAGGCAGAUUUUGGCCCGUUGGUCUUCUGCGGUACAAAGAGACAGAUGAGGGGAAGAAAGAAACUCAUUCUCUCAGAUGGACAACAGGAUAGAUGGACACACAGAAUUACUCUUUUACAGACACACAGUGCUUUUUUUUUGUACACAUGAAGUGAAAUGGAAAUAUUUCUAGACUCGUUUCAAAUUCUUGAGUAUCGGACGCAUCUCAAUUUGGUAGACAUGUUCUCACACACACAUGCGCACACACACACAUACGGAGAGAGACUCAAUGGCCGUGGCACACAGAAAAGCUCUUGUAGAGAUUUUCAUCACAUACACACAUGCACAGCUCCAAAACACAAUCAAAAGCCAUUCUGAUUGGGCAUAUAUGCUGGGUACCUCAACAAAUGCCGUGAUUAGCAUUGUUCUUUCACAUUCUCUUUCUCUCCUCUCUCUCUCUCUCUCUCUCGCUCUCUCUCUCUCUCUCUCUCUCUCUCACACACACACACACGCACACAAUCAUGCAGCUUUGUAACUGGCUGUGUGUAUAUCUCUGUUAGUGCCAACGAAAAUCUCUCUUUUAGGCCUGAAAUACACUUUACGCAAGAAUGUGAAUGCAAACGCUUCCAACUACACGGCGUUGCUUUCUGAAAUGUGUCAGGACUCAAUUAGUCAGUGGCUGAAUUUGGAAUAGAAUAUAAUUCUUGAAAUAUCUGUCAUACAGUAUGCUAUUUUGAAAUGUUAGCUAAAAUUAUUCAAAGGCUGAAUUCAAAAUGGCAUGCUUUGACUAGCGUUAGCUAAUUAGCAGAGAAAAAUUAGCUAUAUGGCAGUUAUAGUUACUACAGAGCCCCAUACAAAACAAGAUAUUGUUGCCAAAAAUCAAUAAUUAAUUCCUACGCGUAAUUCAUUUGUGGCCACAUUUCGUUAAUUAGCUCUGUUGUUUUAGUUAAAUCCACAGUUUAACUAAAGUGAGGGAACAAAGUAGUACAACAUGGCCGCUAAUAAACUAAAAGGAGGGAACUAAUUAAUAAAUUAUGAGAACAAAUUCCAAAUUUGUGGCCAUUUUAUCUUUUUUUUUUUUUGCAUGUCAUGUCAUGUGUGAGGUUCCAUAGUAAGAACUGUAUGCUAGUAUGCUAUUCUGGAAACAGUUAACUAGUAGUAAAUAGUAAUGUGUGGAAACUACAAAACAAUUGAUUAAUUUGUUACCAAUUUGUACAUUUGAAAACGGCUGAUAUGACAUUUGUUCUUGCGUUUGCAAUGUGUUAACCAAGCAUCCGCAUACUUGCAUAGAAUAUGUUUCUGGCCUUAGGAGUGCAAACUGUGUUCUGUUUCACUGCCAUUGUCACAGUGUGUUUUGUAUGCGUGUAAAAGAAUGUUAUCUAAGAAAUACACCGCAUACAGGCACAUAAUAACAAGCCAUUCAUACCCAAAUAUGUUGGUGGUCUUAUUUUGCAGAUGUGAUUUGUGACUGACGUUGGGACUCGAACAAUCUGUUGCUGUUUUCAAUCUGCCUAGAAAGCUUCAAUAUUUGUCUCUCAAAAGCAUUUAGUUUCCUAUCACUCUGGUGCAUCAAGACUGUGAGAAAAAAGAAACAACAUGACAUUGUUUUCCUGUCACAUUGAUGUUUUCUUCUUACACGCCAAUUUGGAUUUUGUCACUUCAAUAUCAAGUUGCCUAAAAUGUGGAGGUGUUGCGUUUGUUCGGCGCUGUUGUAUUCGUGGGCUGUUUCAUACAUAUUUAAGCGUUCGAUUUCUUUUCAAAUUCUGUUGCAUUUACUAAAACAAUCAGCGUAAGCCAUGUCUCUGACCCUGUGCACGUGGACGUGGAUACGUGUGUGUGCGUACAGGUGUGCGUAUGUCUGAAACACACGUGGACAUUGUUCGAAGACGGACCGACGCGUUGCGUUCGGAUCACAGAGGACACACAAGGAGACACAAACUCUCUCUGCCAUCCAUCCUCCCUUUUUUAGGUCUCGUUUAUCGAACCUCUGGCCUCAGAAAGGUCCAUCUUUCACAUCGAGCGGUUCUUUGUGCACUUGCUUUCGCCAUGAACGCUGGGACCAGUAUUCUGUAUGCAGACACAAGCGGGGACGAACCACAAAGUGUGUAUUUUUUUUUUUUUAGAGAACGCUUCAGCUGUGUGUACGUGUUUCUCUGUGCCAAUAGCCAGCGGGUGGCGGCCACUUUAAAGACCUCCAUUCCUCUCCAGUGAUGUGUUCAGACGUUUGUAAAACACCAUGUUUGUGUGUGCUGUUUUCUUUUCCGUGUCCAUCCCUCCAUCUCCCCUCCCCGUAUUCACGAUCCCUAUCUUGUUUUCCCUCCUGCAUACAUGCCUUUAAAAGGGUUAAACAACUAAUACAUUCCUUUGAAGAAACGUUGAUUAAAAAACACACAAAAAAACUUUACAAUGCAUUCUUGGCUUCU